GAGAGUAGGCGUGUAUGUAAACUAGGGUGUCGCCGAGGUGGCUGUAUUCGAAGGCGACAGUCUAUUCGGCUAAUAAUUUGACAAAACAAAUAAUGUGAUAAGAUCGGUAAUUUGACCUCCAAAAAUUUAUAAUUCUUCUUGAUCGAGAGUCCCAAAAUGUUUGGAAUAACGGGGUAUGCCGACCAGUUUAAUGAGCUCGGUGGUAGUUUGAAGAAAGAGUAAGUCGGGGAGCCAUUUUGUCUCGGCAGGGUGAGAGAAAGAAAAGGGGAAUCACACGGGAGAAUAUAUUUUUUUAUUCACAUGCUGUAAGAGAAACGGUUCUGUUUUUGGAAAUAACAUUGGUUACACAUCGGAUACGGUUGCGACACUCUACCCUCUGCGAACUAUCAAACUAACUUGGACAUCAACAAUAUCAUAAUCACACGCUGAUAUUCCACCUCUCUGCUCGUAACUCGCGCUGGCUCUCUAGACCUGCGGGAGAUAGUUUAUCGUCUGUCCGGUGAAUACAUCUGGUUUAUCGAUGGCGAAGAAGACCUACGACCUGCUCUUCAAGCUCCUGCUGAUCGGGGACUCGGGCGUGGGGAAGACCUGCGUGCUGUUCCGCUUCUCAGACGACGCCUUCAACACCACCUUCAUCUCCACCAUAGGAAUAGACUUCAAGAUCAAAACUGUUGAACUCCAAGGAAAGAAGAUCAAACUACAGAUAUGGGACACCGCUGGUCAGGAGCGGUUCCACACCAUCACCACGUCCUACUACCGAGGCGCCAUGGGCAUCAUGCUGGUCUAUGACAUCACCAACGCCAAGAGCUUCGAGAACAUCAGCAAGUGGCUCCGCAACAUCGACGAGCAUGCCAACGAGGACGUGGAGAGAAUGCUGCUAGGCAACAAGUGUGACAUGGAGGACAAGAGGGUGGUACCAAAAGCCAAGGGAGAGCAGAUUGCCAGAGAACAUGGUAUUAGAUUUUUUGAGACGAGUGCCAAGGCCAACAUCAGCAUCGAGAAGGCUUUCCUCACGCUAGCAGAAGACAUCCUCAGAAAGACGCCCGUCAAAGAGCCCAACAGUGAAAACGUGGACAUCAGCGGUGGGAGUGGAGUCACAGGAUGGAAGAGCAAGUGCUGCAGUUAGAACAGCCCUCUGUCCCUCCCUCACACACACUGACAUGCACACUCUUUAUCUCUAGUAGCUAACUCUCUAACACUCAUCCCCUCGAUAUUUUGUCAUCAAUUCUCUUGACCAAUUCCCUCUUCUCCCCUGUCCCCUCUCUCUCUUCUCCCCUGUCCCCUCUCUCUCUCCUCCCCUGUCCCCUCUCUCUCUCUCCUCCCCUGUCCCCUCUCUCUCUCCUCCCCUGUCCCCUCUCUCUCUCCUCCCCUGUCCCCUCUCUCUCUCCUCCCCUGUCCCCUCUCUCUCUCCUCCCAUCUCCAUCUUCCUCUGGAAAUAUACCACUUGUCUGGUCCCCCCCAUCUUCUUAGCUUUCUAAAGAUCAGUUUGUUUCUGAUAAAAAGAUAAAUCAUGUUUCCUGUUUAUUUGCAAAAUGAGAGUGAAAGUCAGUAAACUUUUUAAUCUUUCCUUUGGCUGAGGCCUCCUGGUCCCCUCACCAUUGGUCAAAGAAAAAAACAAAUAAGAAAAAAAAUGUAGGAUUAACAUUUUGUACACUAGUGGGUUAUAUUAUCAAGGUGCCGUAUUUUGACAUUUUUGACAUUUGUAAACGAGUAACGGAGAUGGGGUUUAUUUAGUCUUGUGCCUUAUAUGGAAGACGGGUGGAACCUCACCCACCCAAUUAAAUUAAAAGUUUGGUAUUCUGGCUCCUCCCACGACGGAGCGAAGCAGAAAGGUUUGAAUUUCCCCACCAACCAGAUCUUGUUUGGAUGUCUGCUUAACGAUGGGGGUUUGUUUGGGUUGGGAGCAUUUGUGAUGCCAUGUUUCUGUACCGUUGAAACUUUCACUCUGUUUUCAUUUAGCAGACGCUCUUAUCCAGAGUGACUUAUAGGAGCAAUUAGGGUUAAGUGCCUUGCUCAAUGGCACAUUGACAGAUUUUUCACCUUGUCAGCUCGGGGAUUUGAACCAGCGACCGUUCGGUUACUGGCCCAACACUGUUAACCGCUAGGCUACCUGCCACCCCUGUAUGUAAGAGAACGUUCUCAAGGAAAUUCAAACAGUUUUGCAGCUCCAUUAAAAAUAAGCUUGUUUAAGUCAUA